AUGUCUUGCGAACUGAGUAAGUGUGUUUGUUUAAGAAGGAAAGAGCAGUCAGAAAACGCGUUUUUUGUUUGUUUGCUUGGUAAGAUUUAGCAGAGACGAGCUAGUCAUCCAGGUAGCCCUUUGCUAGCUAGCCUCGCCCAUAGCUGCGUGAGUCUGUCAAAAUCAUAUCGUGCACGGAAGACAAAACCGAGAAAUUUGCAAGGAUUCAGCUACAUGUACUGAACACCUGUGACUUAUAUGAACCUUAUUUUGUUAAGAUACGCUUUAUUGUGCUUUUCAGUGAAGUUAGGGCUAGCUAAUGUUGCUAAUGUGAGUCUGAGGAAAUAGUUGUGCUCGCAUCGCUUUGUUAUGACAAGUCCAGACAGAGACCGGCUGACAGUCAGUGAAUAUACUGAGGGAGGAAAUCACAGACCCUUGGUUUGUUUCUGCUUGGCAUGCAGUGAGUAAAAGGGUAUGGGAAUUAUUUUAAUUAGGGGUCAUAAUGUAGAGAUAGGAAGGAUAUCGUCAAGAAAAACUAAACAGUGGAAGCCAAUGCGGAAGCAGUAAUUAUAGCAACCUCAUUACAGCUGAAGAUUACAUGGUCGGUAAAUACUGCUCUUAUUCUCACUGCUGGACAUUUAUCCAAAUAUCUACACCAAUCUGCAUUACAUAACAAGCAAUUUAAUGCAACCCACUAUAAUAAUUCUUUCACAAACUUGACUUUAAAGGUGUCCCUUGUAAUCCGCACAUUUCUUUCUUUCCUUCUUUCUUUCUUUCUUUCUUUACAACAUAUGUAUGUCUAUUUGUAUAAAUUACAAAGAUCUGUAUAAAUUCCUACAUAUUAUACACAAAGAUAUCUGCUCAACACUCAAUAGGUUACUUAUUAUCAUUACUUGCAUAUUAUAAUAAUCAGUGUUCUAAUAUUCAGAAUGCAAUCAAGUAUAUCUAGUGUAAAACCAUACUUUUUGUUAGUUUACUUAUGAAUCUUUUAAUACUUCUCUGUAGUUUGAUUUAAAUAUUUUUAUGUUAUUAGACAUUUUUAAAGUGACAUCCAGGCUGUUCCAGAGUUUAACACCACAAAUAGAUAUAUACUUUCCAGAGUUGUAUGGACGAUUGGACAAAUUAAUUUAUGUUCACCCCUUAGAUUAUAGCCCCCCUCUCUGGUUUUGAACAUCUUUUGUAGGUUUCAUUAACAAACAUUAAGCGAAAACAAAUUAUUCACUGCAGUGCACCAUGAGCACCCAUUGCAAUGUCAACAAUGAAUUAGGACUGGGCGAUAUACAGUAUAUAUAUAAAAAAUAUAUUGAUAUAUUUUUAAAUGAGAUAUGGAAUUGGACCGUAUCGCAUAUAUCGAUGUACAGAUAUCAGAUGCUGUUGUUGACAGGCUGGUGUUUUUUGCACAAAAUCUCUUAACAAAGAAGGACACACUUGUCUGUCCUCUAAUGUCAACCUGGUCCAUGUAUUAUUCGUCUGUUCAAUUAUUCCAUUCAAUCUAGUAAAUGAGAAAUGAAAUAACAAGUCAGUAUUUUUUUGUUUGUUUUUCUGUGUAACCAAAAAAAAAAAAAUUGUGUUUGUUUUCGUAUUUUCAGCUCAAAACAGAAUAUGUAAUAGAGAAAGAAACGAAAUCGAAAUAAUAAAUCUCAUUUACAAUUAUUGAUUUUGAGUACGCCUGUUUUGAGCAUACAUGCAUGAAGGCUACAUUGGCCUUUCCAUGAUCCUGAGCGACAGUUAUCAUGGCGAAAGAUGCGACAGAGUGGUUCGAGUGCCAAAAUCUUACGUUGUAACAGAGCUCUGGUUGUAAUUUUUUCUCCUGUCAUAUCUUCCUUCAGCGUCAUAUCCUAGAAUUAUGUUUUUGUUUUUUUUUCUCUGUGGUUUGAAGCUUCCUCCUUUUGGAGAAAAAUGACCACUGCUCUGACAGAUCAGUAGUGCUGGCCUGAGAAGUCUACCAACAAGAAGAGUAUGCUGUUCUGUAAAGCUCAUAGGACUUAGAGACACUUAUCACACUAAUUUUAUGAAUAAAAUUGCAUUUUUAUAUUUAUCUGCAACAUUUGUGGUGAAAGAUAACCGUCUAGGCUGUAAGGACAUUUUAUUUUCUGUAGUCUCAUAGCCCUCUGUGCAUGGUGUCAUGUUUUCUAUCUGCAUACAGUCUCUGUUGGAGUACUUUCACAUUUAUGUUAUAUUCUUCUUUUAAUGAUUAAUAUUUUCUGUCGUUUCUCUUCUCAUGUCCACUUUUCAGAGAGUGUGUUUGCCGGCCUCCCACAGAUGGAGAGGGGAGUUGCAAAAGUGAUUGGCGGCGAUCCCAAAGGAAACAACUUUCUGUACACCAACGGGAAAUGUGUCAUCAUCAGGAACAUUGAUGUAAUGUUAUGCUUGAGUAUUUGCAUUUUCAUUUCUUAGUUUUGUUUGUUAUGGCAAAUAUCCGAACCUUUGAUCAUUUAGAUUGAUAUUGAGAUCACGAUUAAUGAACAAAAUUAGCGAGAAUUCGACAUCCACAUCACAUGAAUUUACUGAACAUCAAAAACUUGAAUAUUCCAAACUACCUUGUAAAUGGUUGUGCCUCUUUUUCUUCAUCCUCACUCUAUUCCUCGUCUUCAAAGACAUGUCCAAACACACACACCUGCCUCUGUCUCCUCUUUUUUCUUUGCAUGUGGCUGCAUGAUCGGUUGUACUGCUGCAGCACAUGUUGGAAACACUGCAGUCCAGGAUGAGCUUUAGUGGCAUUUGCAACUUCCUCAUGCUCCCAAACUUUGUUGCACACAGAUCUGAGCUCAUGAUGAAGUGAAAACGAGUGCUGUCUAAGCUCUACAGCAUCCAUCUUGCUGUGACUAUUUCUCACGCGAUGGUUAUGUAGCGGCACUUCUGCAAAACAGUGGGCUGUAGUGAUCCCCAUAACUUCACAUACCUAAUCUGCAUAGAAUUGACACUCCUGUGCACUCUCUACUAAGACUAACAAGCUGUGUUGAACGGUCUAGUUUUAAUAGAGCUGCACUACAUUUAAGUUGGUUUGUGGUUCACUAACACUGUUGGCCAUCUUAAGAUCACACAUCAUUACAUCUUGCCGCUGCUUGAUUGUCGGUCUCAGUACAUACCCGCCUCCUUGUUGCCAUCUGUAGUUGCAUUUAGUAGAAUUUUCCCGCACUUUUUUACCAUGACACCGAGCAGAAUGGCUGAGAUAGAGAGCAGCCUCUGUUGCACAUGUGACCACACUGAAAGGGGAUGUAAGGCUGUAGUCAAAAGUGAACACAGUAUUGCAAGUUAGCAAAAAUAAGAUUUUCAGCUGGCUGCUUGGUGGUAAAUCAGGAGUCAACAUUGUAAUAUGUCAUGAAAAUGUUGCAGUUUGAUUUUGGGGUAGUGUCCUAAUCAUUUUUAUAACUUUGUCCCAGUGGACAGAGUCACAAAGAUGCAUUUACUUAAAUCUCCUUUAUUCUUAUAAAUAAAAUGUGAGGAUCUAUGGGAAGCAUGAAAACAAGGUCCAGGGUACGAAAUCAAAACAACUCUUUCCCGAUGUUUGUGUUUGUCAGAUGUGGAUUCUCUAAUUUAUUAUAUUCCCGUCUUUUACAGAACCCAGCCAUAGCAGACAUUUACACCGAACAUGCACACACUGUUGCUGUUGCCAAGUACUCUCCCAGUGGAUUCUACAUUGCAUCUGGAGGUAAGCAACACAAGUCAACAUAUGACUGCAUUUUGUGUGAACAGUCGUCUUAAUACUCUGAUACAAUAAAACCAUUUCUUUACUCUUCAGAUGUGACCGGAAAGAUCCGUAUCUGGGACACCACCCAGAAGGAGCACAUUUUGAAGAACGAGUACACCCCCUUCGCAGGCCAGAUCAAGGACAUCGCAUGGACAUCGGAUAGCCAGAGGAUCGCUAUUGUUGGAGAAGGGCGAGAGAAGUGAGUAGUAAAAGGUUUCAUACAAGGAAACAAAAGUAUCAAAAAGAACAACUGCAAAAUAAUACUAGAAUGAUUUGUAAGGUAUUAUUAAGCUCGAUACUCUGGUUCACAUCAAAUGAAAGUGAUUUUUCUGUCUCCUAAUCCCUAAAGAAAACUGUAAAAAUUCUUUGUCCUCCUUUUUUAGGUAUGGAGCAGCAAUUUUUUGGGAUACUGGCUCCUCAGUUGGUGAAAUCUCAGGCCACUCCAAAUUGAUCAACUCCGUGGACAUAAAGCAGUCUCGACCUUUCCGCCUUGCCACUGGCAGUGAUGACACCACGUCGUCUUUCUUCGAAGGGGUUCCCUUCAAGUUUAAACACUCGAGACAUGUAAGUCACAGGGAUUGACAUGAGUUUAUUUCCCCCCAGUGCUUGUUCCUGCAGCUUUAAGAAAGGCUUAUUUGUGUUUAAACAAAGUAGUAGGAGCCAUCCUGAUUUAGCCCGAAUAUGCGCUACCAACUUGAAAUCCCUUUGUAACAGAGGCCUUACCAUGAGUAGAUGAAGCUCCUGAAUUUUUGUGUCUUUUCUCAGUGUUUUUUCUUAUGUGUAAAUUUUUUUUGCAUCAUUUGAAGUUUGUUCCACCCUGGUGGUUUCUACAGAGGUGGCUUUGUUUGUCUUUUCUCCGUGUUACAUAACCUACUUCCUACAUAAAUAUUUGGGGAAUCGUCAAGUCUCAUACGGAGAAGUAGGCAUGUGAAACAUGGAAAAUGUUUCAAAGCACCUCAGUGUAAAAGUCUUCCUCUUGGAAAUUUUUUUGGUCUUUGUCUCUUUAAACUAUGAGUGUGGUUCACAUUCUGUUCUGCUGCUGACUAGUGUUGGUCUCUGCUGCUCCCAGAAUAGCACUGUUAGCCUGUUCUGCAGCUCACUGCUCUAUCAGCCCUUGUAAUUGGUUUAAGAGGAGGCUGUGCAGCACAUUUGGGACUAUGACAGAUGUUUGUUAGUCAUAGCCCUGAAAAACUCUGAUGGCGUACAUAACUAUGGUAUAAGAGGAAUAAUGACUCUUUUUUUUCUUUUUGCAACUUGUGUCGCAUGUGUCAUUUCUAAAGAUAGCAGAUCGACGAGGUAGAGGGCCGAGCCUAAUGAGAUUAUUCAUAUUCUGUGAGUCUAAUAACUUGAAUAAUCUUUGUGAUUAAGUUUUCUUUAUGUUCCUCUACCUCUGUCUGCCUGAUGACUUCUAAAGGACCACAGCCAGUUUGUCAACUGUGUUCGUUUCUCUCCUGAUGGAAAUCACUAUAUCACAGCUGGAGCUGACGGGAAGGUGAGUAGGAGAUGACAGGGUAUGGCCUAUGAUAUGAAAUAUGAAGUGACUUUGCCUCUGCUUAAAUAAGCGUAGCGAUGAUCAAUGUUGUGUUUUUGUAAAUCCAUCUAAUUUUGAUAAAGGGUCGUCUUAAACAAAACGCAAAAUUAUGCUGAAGAAUAAAGUCUGAAAAAUGCAGUGUUUGUCUUAUUAAGCUGUUUGUUUUCCACAGAUGUUUAUAUAUGAUGGAAAGAAUGGUGAAUUUAUCAGUGCACUUGGAGGGGAGAAGGCUCACAAUGGAGGAAUCUAUGCGGUGAGUCUUGUUUUAUUUACGUUUCUAUUAGCAUAGAUGUCAGCUUGUCUUGUCUUAACGUAGAAAAAUAAUCACUGUCGUCUUUUACUGUUUUAUUGGGGUGGGUUUUUCUCCUCAGAAACUUUGAUCACUUAGAAUGCAGACCGUGCAGUUUAUGCACAAACAGAAAGUGUGUUCUUCAUCUGUGGCAGUGGUUCUCAAGUCCAGUCCUCGAGCCCCCCCCGUCCUGCAUGUUUUGGAUGUUUCCCUGCUUCAACGCACCUGAUUCAAAUGAUCAGCUCGUUAUCAAGCUCUGUCAUGGCUUAAUAACGGGCUAAUCAUUUGAAUCAGGUGUGUUGGAGCAGGGUAACAUCCAAAACAUGCAGGACAGUGGGCCUCGAGGACUGGACUUGAGAACCACUGAUCUAUGGUAUUAGAGAUUUUUAUCCUUCUGUGAUUUUGAUUUUUCCAUUAGUUUUUUUUUUUUUUGCAUAGCUUUUUUUUCCGUAGCGAUGACUUAAAAGACUUUAAAAGAUUUACUCUGCUUACAUGCAUAGGAUUAUUCUAACUUGUUUCUUUUAUCCCUCUUGCUUUAAAUCAUACAGAUCAGCUGGAGCCCUGAUAGUUCCCAACUCAUCUCUGCCUCAGGGGACAAGACGGUGAAACUCUGGGAUGUUGGUGCAGGUACAGCCGUCACCACAUUUCACAUGGGCACUGAGGUGUCAGACCAGCAGCUGGGCUGCCUGUGGCAGAAGGAACACCUCCUCGGCAUCUCCUUGUCAGGAUACAUCAACUAUCUGGACAAGAACAACCCUGACAGGCCCAUACGCGUAAUCAAGGUCAGACUCCUAACAAAGAAGCAAAAAGAGGGGUCAAAUUUAAAGACCUAAAAAUGACUGUCAUUGUGAUUUCAAAUAUAAUAUAUGAUUCUGUAUUAAACGGGGAUGUUUCUUGGGUAAACAGGGCUUAGUUGAAAUCCGUUGACAUAUCCUUAUCUAUGCAAGGAUUUUUAUACUAUAUUGGAGUGCCUCAGGUUUUCAGUUCAGGCUGCUAUUUUCAAUUGUUUGAAAAUCACCUGGACAGUCACUUGUCCUUUAUCCCCGAGGAUCACCUGAUAACUUUAAAACUUCUUUACAUUUUACUGGACCCAGUGCUUUUUUUUUUGCUCACCUUUCUCUAACAUAGAAUUUCUCUGGAUGCUAUUCCUGGAGGUUAUAAACAGAGGCAUUUUAUAAGACAAGACAGUGUGAAAAAGUUAGUGGUGCUGUUUUGUGAUUAGACAAUUUUGAAAAAGAAUCGCUGCAAAGAAACCUUCAGGUGGCUGAGAACUUUUCAACUUUGAAGGGUAGUGAAGUGUAUCUACACUUUAGAUAAGCAGUGGAAAAUUAUUCAGCUUUGUGACUGUACACUGAAAUGUGCAAAGAGAUUUUCAACAUUUCUAUUCACAACUUGAGUGUAAUAUAAGUUGGUAUUUAUAUCACUAAAUACAAUCUCAUGUUAGUGCUGAGAGGACAUUUUUUGAGAGUGUAGAUCCACUUUCUAAAAUGUUUCCACGCUUUUAAAACUGGGAUAAAGAUGUACAAUUAUUGUACACAUUUGCUUAUCCGAAAUGAGCAUUGGAAGUAUAUUCCCAUUAUUCUCACACAGCAGCCAAAACAACACACAAUCAGGGCGAUAUCCCUUGCAAAAACGUCACAGCUAUUUAAAUGUCUGACUUUUUUUAAAUGAAAUAGUCAACCAGCUGAAGCCUGCGACUUUUGACAGAGAUAUGGACCUAAUUGUCUGCAACACAGAGAUAAAGGCAUAAAUUAAAAGUUUGACUGAUACAUCCACCUCUCUGUUGAGGAAGGACUGGAAGCUUGUUGCUAGUACACACAAUUUUUAGCAAUGACAACUUGAGACGAACGGGUGGUGUUACAUGGCACGUGUACUCUCCCAAAACGUGGGCUUGAGACUGACCUAACCAAAGAUGAUACUCGGUUCAUUCGCAUGUAUCGUAUGUCACAGACAGCAGCAAGAAACUAAAUGCAAGUCGCUGAAAACCAGGCCACCACAGAAGCAUUCAGAAGUGCCAGGCCUCUGUCUGCAGAUCCAUUCGAUGUGUCAUGUGUGAUCAGGGGCCUGUACUGUGUAGAAAGCUCAACUUAACAAGGCAAUAUUUUGUUGAUCUGGCUUCACUAACCUUGACAAAGGAGAUCAGACUAAGCAGUGUCACAGAGUUGGUUGUCAACCUGAUGAGUCAACCCAGAGUGACUGUGAAUGGGGCAGUGUAAGAAACAUAUGACCGCCACUGUCAUCCAAUUUUAAACAUGAAGCAAACAAUGAUAUUCAAAAAAUAUGAAGAAGUGAAACACGUAGACCAGAGUACAAUCAUCUUUGAAAGUUAAUGAGCAUAGUACAACAUGUACAACAUCACUUCACCAUCAGGAGUGUGCCAAAGAUCAGAAAACCAUUUGUCUUGUUCAUUAGAACUAAAACAGAGUUUUUGCUCAAGUUUAUUCUUUUUGUGUUUUGUGUAUGAUAGUUAAGAUGUGGUAAUUCAGCUGCAGAAAUCAGAGCAACAUGGAGGUAAUACACAUGGGAGACAUAAUUCAAGGCAAUGAGCAUGCUUAAUUUUAUAUUCAGCAUCUCUGAUGUAAGAAAAGCACAGUUUUGUCAAUAUUUUUCACACUGGGAGACAUAUCCUGCCGGUGAAGUUGCCUUAGUAACUGCACAUCCUGCUUGGCAGUAUAACCUGUAUAAGGUUUUCCCUUAUGUUCCCUUUGUUGUUAGUAUUUGAUCACUGUUGUUAUUGGGUUUCAACUCCUCAGAAUCAAGUAUCUCACAUGGCUAGGUAAUAACCUUUGUCCACUAUUCUUAUGUGCCUUUUAUAAAUGUAUUAAUAAUCUGAAAGCAUACUUUGUCAUCCAACAGGGCCACAGCAAGUCUAUCCAGUGUCUGACGGUUCACAAAAGUGACGGGAAACCAUACAUCUACUCAGGCAGUCAUGACGGACAUGUCAAUAUCCUUUUACUGAAUUAUUCCACUUCACCGUUUGUCUUUUUGUUAGAUUAUGCAUCUAAAUUCCAUCAAUAUACAAAAUACUUUAAUAUACAGUUGGUAGCUUUUUUUUUCCUGAACAAGUGCCUCACAUUACUGGGAUGCAGAAACUGGUGAAAACGACUGCUUCCGUGGAAAAGGCCAUAGCAACCAGGUGAGCAGGCUGGCUAUAAAUGAAGAAGAAGACCUGGUGACCUGCAGCAUGGACGAUACACUUCGCUUCUCCAACAUCAACAAGAAAGAGUACACGUAAGAGCUUUUAUUGAAGUGUAGGUGACAAAACUGAGAGAAACGGUGCAGGAUUUAGAGCAGGGGUGGGCAAUCAUGUGCCAUGGAGGGCCGAGAGGCUGCAGGUUUUCUUUCCAAGCCAAAACUCCACCAGGUGAUUUCACUGAUUAGUCCCUGCUCUCUGCUUGGAGGUAAGGUAAUCAGUGAAAUCACCUGGUGGAGUUUUGGCUUGGAAAGAAAACCUGCAGCCUCUCGGCCCUCCAUGGCACAUGAUUGCCCACCCCUGAUUUAGAGUGACGAUGUAUUUAGCUGAGUGCAGGAGGUGGUGCCAUUCAUCAAAAAAAAGUGCCUUGGUUGAAAGUUGAAAUGCAAUCUGAUAAUAAUUCAGAUGAUAAGAGAUGAAAUCUUGUGUGUAAUUGCAGGCGCUAAUAAAAUCUUCUUUUCCUCUCUGGAUGCUUGUUAUCGUAGGUCCUUAAAUGUGACGCUUCUACAGUAUAUAUGUUUCUAAAGUAUAGUAAUCCAAACUUCUGGCUUUUGUAGUGCGUCUGACGUGGUGAAGAUGGACUCCCAGCCCAAAAGUGUGUCAGUAGCAGCUGGAGGACUAUCACUGGCUGUGUGCAUUGAGCAGGUAAUGUCUCCUUCAUGAUCUCUUCUCCAGUCAGUUUUGAUGUUUUCAAAGAACUUAUUUUAGUCACUUUGGGGGUAACAUCAUCAAAAUAAUGAUUCAAUCUUUAAAGAGCAUGUAAAGGACCACUUUGAAUGUAACCAUUUUACCUGUAACUAGCGGCUUCAGCACUGCAGACACAAACUUCCUGCUGUGCUGUUGACUGGCCCUUCACCUCCUUCUUUAUGGGUUUGUAAAGCUGGUCUAGCAUUCACAGACCAUCCUCAAGAUGCCUUUCUUCAGCAUGGCCGCGCUUGCAUUGUAUUCAACACAGAUGGACUUUGAAUUUAAACAAACGCUCCCAGGUAAAGAAAUGCCUUUCGGCAUCAGGCAUUGUAGUGAUGUCAAAGUGUAGCUAUGGCUAACCAUCUGAUUGACAGCGGCCCACUACCACUCACACCCAUGCACCCAUCCCAGCAAGACAAGCUGUCAGGAGAGAAACCGUUCAAGUCAGUUUAUAUUAAGAAAAAGACAUUUCAAUAUAAAAUAAACUAAAAUUGUCUCUUUACCCCUUAUGACCAACUGGAAUCAUUCCUGUAGACUCUAAUUCAGUCCACAUUGUUGAGAUGAUUGACACUUGGGACUCGCAGGUGGGCGUGGCUUUUAUGCAAAACAAGACCGUUAUUCUAGAGCAGAGAUUGCGGCUUAUUAUUUUCAUGGUUUUGAUGUCUAAUUCUAUGUACGUGGUAAUUUUUAAAACUGUUCAGUUUUGGCUGGGUGGACAAAACAUUUUUCUGUUGGAUGACAACCUUUGACACAUUUUUUUCUUACAGGCUUUGUACUUUGUACUCGAGGGUUUCCUUGAGUGCAAAUCUCUCAAGUUUGUGACCUUUUGCUCUUUCUCUUUCUAGGUCGUCCUUCUGAAGGAUAAGAAGAAAGUUUUCACAUUGGACAACCUCAGCUAUGAACCAGAGGUCGGAGUGCUGCACCCUGGGGGCUCUACUGCUGUGGUGGGAGGAAAAGUAAGUGGAUGUUUGAUACCACGGCUUACGAAACAUGGCCAUAUAUAUGUGUCAUUGUACACUUGUCACUAAAUCUGGAUUCUUAAACCUACCAGCUACUAUUUUUUUUUUUUUUCCUGUGCCACUUAAUUUUAACGGUCGACAUUGUUCAAGAGGUAAAACAUAAUUAACAAGGCUUGUAGUACUCAAGUAAUGAAAUAAGAUAAAUAUUUAAAUUUCUUUAUAAAAAACUGCAAUGCUCUUGUCAGUACUCAGAACUGGUAUUAUUUAUUGUUGCUGUUCUUUUUUAAUGGUUUUGUGUUGCCAGGACACAUACCCAGAGACAUCACUAUAAGUAAUAAUCAGAAGAUGAGAAGGCACAUUCUUCAUCGCACCCUAGUGUCAGCAGGUUUGAAAUUCAUUCCAUUUCUUUUCUUUCAUCAGGAUGGAAAAAUCUAUCUGUACUCAGUUCAGGGCAACACUCUCAAGGAUGAGGGGAAAACUUUGGAAGCUAAAGGGCCAGCCACAGACAUGGCCUUCUCCAAUGAUGGCGCUUAUCUGGCUGUCAUAGAUGACCGAAAGGUCGCCACAGUUUUUACUGUGGCUGACGGCUACUCGGUAAGUAUCUGUCCACUGUCUUCAGUGCGUGGACAUCUCAAUAGCAAGUGCGUGUUCCAGUUUGAAAUGAAUUACAGUCGGUUUCCUAAUAGUUUUUUUUUUUUUUUUUUUUUCAACAAGGUCAAGGGUGAGUUCUAUGGACACCAUGCCAAACCAGUGAGCUUGGCCUGGUCACCUGACAACGAGCACUUUGCAACUGGAGGGAUGGACAUGAUGGUGUAUGUCUGGACACUCAGUAAUCCAGAUAAAAGGAUGAAGCAGCCAGGUAAGCACACGUGCCCAUUAAAGGGAUGUUCCUGCGUAAAAUUAAGUUCAGGUCAAACACACCGUAACACCGAGUUAGACAUCCUGUCGAGAGAUGAAUGUUGCUGACCGCUUGCUUCACUAAUAUAUACCAGUUUUUGUAAUGACCGCACAAUAGCAAUACAGAGAGCCACAUGCUCAACCAAAAAGCCACAAAUAAUGCUCAGAACAGCACCUAACUUCAACAGUACAUACAGGGUCCCAGCCAUAGUUAUAGCCACUAAACAUCUUUCUAGCUUUGCCUGGUUUCUUCAGCAAACACUACUUACCAUCUCUUCCAGCAGCCUCUUGUUUGUACGGAGACCUCUGGGCGAGUCCAUUUAAUGCUGCUGGGGGGGAUGCAGCUCAAGGAGGAACAUUUAUGAUCACUACUUUAUCAUUUCCUUGAAGUACAAAUCAUCAUAUUAAUCAAUUUGCACUGCAGACACGGUAGUUCCUUUGCCUUAGCGUCUCGGUCUGAUCGCAUUUUCAUUAAGAAAUGAUCAUAAAUGUUCUUCCUUGAGCUGCGUCACCCCGAUGCAGUCAAUGGACUCACCCGGAGGUCUCCGUACAAACAAGCGGCUACUGGAGGAGAGUAGGUGAGUUGUGUUAAAUCUCUUUGCUAAAGAAAUCAGGCAAAGCUAAAAAGAUAUUUUGUGGCUAGUACUAUGGCUAGGACCCUAUAUGUACUGUUGAUGAAGUUAGAUGCUGUUCUGAGCAUUAUUUGUGUCAGUAGAGUGGCUUUUUGGUGGAGCACGUGGCUCUCUGUUUUGCUAUCUGCAGUCAUUACUCAAGUUGGUAUAACUGGAGAAGCAAGCAGUUCACAACAUUCAUCUCUCAACAGGGUGUCUAACUCGGUGUUACGAUGUGUUUAACCCUAACUUAAUUUUACGCCGGAAUACUCCUUUAACUCACGGCUCUGUAUGGAUGUACUCAGAUGUUGCUCUGCUGCUACAAUAAUCCCCUCUGCAAUAAUAACCAAACAUCAAAGAGAAUGGCAACAGUACUUAUUGAAUCAGGCAAGCGAAGGGUUUGAUCAAAUCUGACACUGCACUUCCACCAGUCAGAAGUGAGGAUACAAAUUUGAUUUAAGGAAAAAAAAACGCGGAGCAUCCUAACAGGAAAUGUCAGAGCCUCUGAAUCUGGUCUGGAUGGGGGUGUUUUUUGUUGCAAGCUGAACUCAACUGCAGAUGUUUUUUCUUUGUCACAUUUAUCCGUGUUUGUGUCAAAAUCCUGUGAUGUUCUUACUUUUUGCAGACACUCACCGGUUGCACCAUGUGAGCAGCCUGGCCUGGGUAGAUGAGAACACUCUAGUUACCACCUCCCAUGAUGCCAGCAUCAAGCAGUGGACACUUAAAUACUGA